GAGAGCCUUGGUUCACUUGCAACGUGUCAAUUGCACUGGCUCUCUCGCUGCUCUUCCCUCUCCCCUUUUCUUUUUCUUUUUUUCUUUUUCUUCCGGGGAUGGUGACUUGGUAGCUGGGUGGCUUUUUAGUGACAUCCAGAAAACCCUUCCCAGGCAAGCGAUGGCUUAGAGAAGAGGGAAGGAGGCAGGAGAAGAAGAAGAAGAAGAAAAAGAAGAAGAAGAAGAAGAUGAGUUUCCACAAGGAGGAUGGUGUGGGGAGCCUGUGUCACAAGGCGCUGCAGAUCAUCUCAGAGCUGUGCCUGGGGGGCCAGGUGGAGCGGGAGAAAUGUUCAGGCAUCUUCUUCCCCUUGGAGACCACCAAGCAAGGUAUAGGCAGCACAGACAUCUCAGUCAGUCUGCUAGCAGUAGUCGUCAGCUUCUGUGGGCUUGCCUUGCUGGUAGUCUCGCUAUUUGUCUUUUGGAAGUUGUGUUGGCCAUGCUGGAGAAGCAAACCUCUUAUUUCUAAUACCAGUAAUAUCCCUCAAAGCACCUGUAGUGCUCCUACUGAGGUUUUCGAAACCAAUGAGAAAAAGGAAAUUAAAGAAAAUGGGAAACCUUCAGUGAAGGUACUUGAGGCUGCAAUGAAAAUUAGCCACACUUCACCUGAUAUUCCAGCAGAAGUCCAGAAUGCAUUGAAAGAACAUCUAAUUAAACAUGCACGCAUGCAGAGGCAGAUCACUGAGCCUACAUCCUCAUCCAGGCAUAAUUCUUUCAGGAGGCACUUGCCAAGGCAGAUGCAAGUGUCCAGUGUUGAUUUUAACAUGGGGACAGAUCCGAUUUUACAACGGGGUGAGACAACAACCAGCAUUGGGCGAAUAAAACCAGAACUCUAUAAACAGAAGUCUGUUGAUUCGGAAGACAAGCAAGAAGAUGUGAAAAUCUGUGGGAAACUUAACUUUACUCUACAGUAUGAUUAUGAAAAUGAACUCCUUGUUGUUACCAUUGUCAAAGCCUUAGAGCUACCUGCUAAAGACUUCACAGGAACCUCAGACCCGUAUGUUAAGAUUUACCUUCUCCCAGACAGGAAAAAGAAGUUUCAGACACGGGUUCACAGAAAGACUUUAAAUCCUGUCUUUGAUGAAACCUUUCAGUUUCCUGUAGCCUAUGAUCAGCUCAGCAACAGGAAAUUGCAUUUCAGUGUAUAUGAUUUUGACAGAUUUUCUAGACAUGACAUGAUUGGGGAAGUUAUUCUUGAUAACUUUUUUGAAGUCUCUGAUCUCUCCAGGGAAGCCACUGUGUGGAAAGACAUCCACUGUGCCACCACAGAAAGCAUAGAUUUGGGUGAAAUCAUGUUUUCCCUUUGCUAUUUACCUACUGCCGGGCGAAUGACGUUAACAGUAAUCAAAUGUAGAAAUCUCAAAGCGAUGGAUGUAACUGGCGCUUCGGAUCCGUAUGUCAAAGUCUCACUGAUGUGUGAGGGUCGAAGGCUGAAAAAGCGGAAAACAACUACAAAGAAAAACACACUUAAUCCAAUUUAUAAUGAGGCCAUCAUCUUCGAUAUCCCUCCAGAGAAUGUGGACCAGGUCAGCCUCUCCAUUGCUGUGAUGGACUAUGAUCGAGUAGGACACAAUGAGGUGAUCGGGGUGUGUAGGACAGGACUUGAUGCUGAAGGACUUGGAAGAGAUCACUGGAAUGAAAUGCUGGCUUACCCCCGUAAACCUAUUACUCAUUGGCAUCCAUUGGUAGAGUUACCUGGCCAGGCAACCAGUUUUGAUAGCCAGGGGUCUUGUUCAUCACCAAAACCACCACCUACACCCUAGGGCACGAGAACGGAUUCAUCACAUCCAGUGUCCAAGCUCCAUGUCCAUCACACCUACAUUAACAAAAGGUUUGGCUUCCUGAGAUGAACUGUAUCCAUAUUUUUGUAUUAAAAUAGAUUUUCUUCCUGUUCUAAGUCUUAUAUUAGAGUUUCUAAUAAUUUCUUAAGAAUGAAUUUCACUUGAGCCAAAAUACUCCUUCCUUAUGCAAAGAUAUUCAUUUUUCUCUCUGUCAUAAAGUAUUGUUUUGAUACAACCUGUUUCUUUGCAAAUGGAAGGAAAUCAGAAAAAAACAAAUACAUAUAUACUAGCACUUGAAAAUAAAUGGAGUUUAUGAUGCUAUUCCUUUUAAAGUAGCAAAAUUGUCAUAUACCGCACUUACUUUGUAACUUGCAUCUAAAUUAUAAAUUUUGCACUAAACCGUAUAUGACCAUUAAAGAAAACGUUUACAGAUUUUGAUGUACUAGGAAAAGACAAUUCUAACAACAUAAUGUCCAGUUUCUCUAUGAUUGUCUUGAACGUUACUUUGCUCACCAUGGGCCCGCACCAGAACCCACUGAAGUCAAUGGAAAGGAUCCUAUUGAAUUCAUUUGGUUUUAGUUCAGGUCCUAUGGACCAUAUCCUGCAAAUGAAUGCAUGCAGUUGAACCCUUACAACAAUCCUACUGACAUUAUGGAGACAACUAUGUGGUAUUUGAUAUCCAAGCUAUUUUGACUGGAUGCCUUGUUCACAUGGGAUUGGUUCUGUUCUGUUCCUAUGAAUUCAAUAGGACUGGAUAAGUGUUUUUCUUAGAAUCAGGCAUCCAGUGAAAAUACUUGUGAUUAUGAAUUUGAAAUUUGCCUUCUGUCAAUAUAGUGAGGUAGAAACUUAAAUGUUACUAACUCAUAGAACAUUCCUGCUAGUAAACUCAAGAAUAUUCAAGGAAAAAAAAUACAAACUGAGCAUCAGUUAAAGCUAGUUGGUUAAAAAACUGAAUAAAUACUAGCACGUUACUUUGCAGUAUUGAUCCAAGUCUCAGUAAAACUCCAGUUUAGCUCAGUGAGAGAAUCUGUACUGAGUAAGGACAGAGAAAAGGCUGCAGGACUGGGCCCUGGACUUUUAAAGAUGAGCUACAAUAGGAAAAUUAAUUAGAGUUGUUCCCUUUUUUCUGUUUCUUUGUUUGCUUGUUUCUUUUUGACAUAUAAAGAAAGCCAGAAAGGUUUCAGUUUAAAAACAAAUCCCAAAACAGCCUAAAAUUAGAAAUGUAUGUCCUGUUUAUGCAGAAAAACUCUGUAACGUUGGGAGAGCUACCAAAUUCUGACAUGACAGAAGUCAAGAGAAUGAAAACUGAGAGGAGGGGACUUUUACUCAGACUUAAAAAAAUCUUUUGGGUUUGGUUGGCUCUGUCAAUGUGUAUUUAUUUCAGUGACUAACAUUUUGGAUAAAUAAUAUAUUUAUAAAAAUCCAUCACCUCCAGCUUUUUCAUUAAGGUGUGAUAGCUCCCAGUAAACAUGCUCUUAGAUGUCUAUUAUUUCCUCCAGAAAAACCACAGAAAGCUAGUCUUGAUGUUCUAGUAAAACCAAGCAUAAAAUAAUUACAUACACAAACACAUAGGCCUUCUUUAUAUAUUACUGUAAACAAAAACAAAAAAAGGGACCAACUGUUGAAAAAAUUCAUUGCAAGCCACCUUUGCUGAAUCCUACAGAAACUGUUUCCUUCUAGAGAUUUGGUCCUCUUGUCCCAUGGUAUUUUAACCCUCAAGAUUAUAUUUUAAUAAAUAUAUAUAUAUACAUACAGCCUUGCAAAGUUUUACUCAUCCACUUGCCUUGGGCAUGUCAAUUUUUUAAAUAGGAGAGUAAACUGUAAUUUGGUUUUCAUCACCAUCAUCAUCAUGAGAUUUUGUGCCUGGGCUGGUAAAUUUUCGUGAUAGUUUUGCAAGGCUGAUAUAGAGACAUAGUUAUAUAUCUCGAGAUUCAAAAACUAUUUUGAGUAUACAUUUAUCUUAAUAUAAAGUAUUAUAGGAAAUGGGGUUUUGUGCCCCAAAAGUUACUAUUUUGUAAUGUGGUACUGUAACAGUUGACUGCAUAUUCUUUGCACUUUUUUGCAUCUAAUAUCCAAAAAAAGCUAACAAGUUCACAAUCAAAUGUAGCAUUAGUGUUCACUAAUGAACAAUAUCUUGUUUAUAACUGUUUCAUCAUUUUCUAUUAAUAUCAUGUAUGUUUUAUUAUAAGUGGCAAGAUAUUUAAAUGAUCUCUUUCUUGGAUUUAAAUUAUUAUCCAGAACCAAAGGAAUAAUAAUCCAGUUUGUGCUCUUUUUUUUGUUCAUAAAAUUAUUAAUAAUGGCUUGUGUUUUCAAACUUGAUUUGUGGGUGCUCUGCCCCUCUGAAAAACCAGGCUGCUUAAUUAGGUGCCUACUCAUAUGAGUUGAAAUCCUUAAAUUUAGGCAUCCGACUUUCAAAAAAAGUCUAGCUGUAGAUUAUAGACUGUUUUUCUUAUUGUGCCCUUAUCAGUGAUGUAUUUAAGUAAUGUAAAAUGGUUUAUUUUUUCAUUGAUCCUUUGAGUAUUGAUCCUGCAAAGUUAAGUCUGUGCUUCAUUUACCAUGUGAGCAAUUCCAUUCCUUUCAAGGGGAUUUCUCACAAGUUAUGCACGUGUGUAGCUUCUUGCAGGAUUUGGAGCCUUAGAUGAUACCAUUUUUUCUGAAGACCACCAUGUUAAAAGUGUACAGCUUUGUCAUAAAAGUUCACUUAGAGUGAAAAUUUAGCAAAGAAAGUCUCCGUGAAUGAAUAAAUCACUUUUCCUUCCAGCUUUCAAGAAACAUAAUUGUGCUUAAUUUGUAGACAAGGUGCAAAAAAAUUGAAGAAAUGUUUUGAUUACCUAUAUUUGCAUAUUCGAAAUGUCAUAAAUAUUAUUUUGAUUUAAACACAAUCAAAUUUAGCAAGUGGUUUGCGUAAAAUAUAUUCCAAUAACAUCUGGCAAUUUGAAAAACUCACAUUUCUAAAAGCCUGAAUUUACCUUGAAUUGGCUGGGCACAGUAAUUAUUUUUCAUAAGAAAUUUUUUUGUACUACAGAAUUUGUAAUGCUUUCAGAACAGCAAACUCCACCUAUACGUACUGUAUGUACAUGAUGGAUUAAGUGGCUCCAAAAAAAUUGUUCAGCUCUUAUAUAUACUUACAAUAAUACACUAUAAAAUGGAAAAGCCAAAAUGCAGAUUUCUCCUAUGAGCCAUUCUGGUUUCUUGGGUAAAUAAUGAAGUGUUUCCCCACCAUACUAAUGAGCUAAAAAAAAAACCCAUAAAACACAGUUUGAACUACAAUGAAGCUGUCCGUAGGUCUAUGCAAAAAGUUUGAGUGGAACUUGAAAACCAGGGUAGGUUUGGGUUUCUAGUGGGGCUGCAAACAAACAGAAGCAGAUGUUCACAAAUAGCCACUGAAACUGGGCUGAUCCAGUUCACACAUCGCCCUCUUUAAUCUGGACUGUAGAUCUGCCAAACUCCACUGACUUGUCUCUUCCCCCUCCAUCUUCCCAACGCCUCGCCGCUUUUUUCCUACAACCUUUUCUCUACCAGGUUUGUAUUCAAGCAGCAGUGAUCUGACACUGACUUUCCCUUGUACUGCCUCAAGAGGAUUUCUGGCCUUAGAAUCUA